AUGAAUGGAGAGUGUCUAGUAAAGUGUCAGAUUGCUGUGGUUGCAAUCCACAACUCUACAAUAAUAAAUAUAUUACUACCAAUGUCUGUAAACCUUACAAUCGACGGAACAAUGUAUACAAGAUCUGAAACAGUUGUUCUUCAUCUUGAUCAGUACCAGACUUAUGAAAUUCAAUCUAAAUACGAUUUGACGGGUACCCGUAUCCGGAGUAAUGAACCGAUAGCUGUUUUCAGUGGCAAUAAAAAAACUAGAUUUAGAGAAGGUACCAAGGAUCAUUUAGUGGAGCAGUUAAUUCCAGUGGAGUCUCUGGGACGGUCCUUCACCGUAAUCCCAACACCAAACCAGGGUGAAUUAGGGAUAACCUACUUUAAAGUCAUAGCAACUGUGAGUAAUACAAAGGUGGAUUUUGCUAGUUUCGGAUCUUCAGAACAACAUGUGUUAGCUGAACCCGGUGAUUGGUUCGAAGUUGAAGCGAAUUCCGAUCAGUAUUACUACGUCACAAGUACUAAGCCUAUUAUGUUACGUCGCCUCUGA